AUGUCCGCGUGUUUUCGGGACAGAGGAUGGAUCUAUGGUGUACUUGAACGUGUCAGAGGAACACCUCCCCAAAGCAGUCUAGCGCGCUCUCUACGGUCCAGAAGCUCCAUCAACCCAAAGCUCAGAACAUGCUUCCAAUCCCUGCUGUCAAGCACGCCAAUGCUGCUUGCAAAGAUCCGGAUAGCAGGUAUCGGCAGAUGUAGGACAUACGGUACGGAGCGAGGUCUGCGUCCAGUGCCUGUGUUACCCGAUGCCAACAUCGAGACAUUCCGAAAUGAAGCCUUCCUCCCAGCACUUCCAGUACUCCUGCCCAGAAGCACUUUUGGCAACCUGCCAGCGGUACAGAAAUGGUUCGAAAGAGAUGAUGAGAAAGGCGCUCCUGUCACUUUGAACCGCUCUUACCUCUCUGGCUUUGGCUCAACUAUAGUCCCAUUGGAGAUAUCAAGUAAUCAUCAAUUCAACCGGAUCGAGCAGUCUUUCAGCUUCUUCCUCGAGUGCGUACAAUCCUCCCAAUCCAGACACCAAAGCCGACCGAACCGCUACUUCAGCGCGUACGUGCCAGGGGCGCGAGCAAUCAAGAAAACCGCUACAUCUAACGACUUCUUCAGCGCAGCUGCGAUCACACCGCCUACCGCGAAGAUCUACCUCGCUCAGGCGCCAAUAUAUGAUCUACCGCAAGCACUUCGAGAUGACCUACCCACGCCCGAGCUUGUUCUCAAGGCAGGAAAGGGGGAUGUCUAUGAUUCGUCCAUCUGGCUAGGACAAGCCCCUACAUAUACGCCGCUCCAUCGCGAUCCUAAUCCGAACCUGUUUGUACAGCUGGCGGGUACGAAGGUGGUUCGACUGUUCAAGCCAGACGCUGGACGAGCUGUGUUCGCGAAAGUUCAGGAGAAAAUUGGAGGAAGUGCGUCUGCGACAUUGCGUGGAGAGGAGAUGAUGCAGGGCGCCGAGAAGCAAGCACUGGAGCAAGAAGUGUGGGGCUCUUCAGAGGUCUCGUUAACGAGUGCGUACGAGACCAUUGUUGAGCGAGGCGGUGGCUUGUUUAUACCAAAAGCCCAGAUCCGUCUUCAUAGCAUUCUCCUUCGCACAUCUACCUCGGACAGCGCUCCCAAAACACUGAAACUCUACCUCAAUCGCGAUGACCUCGACUUCUCUACUGCCUCCUCCAUGCAAGCCACCCAGACUCUCGAACUCGCGCAGAGCAACGAAGUGCAAGAGUACCCUGUCAAAAGAGCUCUCUUCAACACCGUUCGCUCGCUCGACUUGUUCUUCGAGGAUAAUUGGAGUCAAGGAGAAGAAGAUGUGACGAGGAUAAGCUAUCUUGGAUUUAAAGGCGAAUGGAUGAAGCUUAGUCGAGAACCCGUGAACUUCCUGUACGAAGCAGCCGCCAACCCCAAGGAUCAUACGUUGCCUGCAGGGGUCGGCGAUCGACUAAGCAGUAAUAUUGGAGGAGCGGGAGGAAGAGAUGGAGCGUGA